GCCCCUCUCUCAAACCAGAAAGUCGUCUCUUUCUCUCUCUCUCUUCUCUGCCUCUUUGUUGGUUUGGUUCGCUAGGCGGGUCAGAACCAGAUGCUGCAGUUAUUCUUCGCCGUAGCUUUCUCCGCGGUGCCUUUGACGCUCUAUGUUCCACCGAUUCGAAGCUUGAAUCUCUUCGUGGAGACGAUAGAGACUCUUCUAAGACAGAGCACAGAUUACACCGUUAGACUCUAUCCCCGUAUUCGGCUCGCGUGGUCCAGGAUCCUGGCUUAUGUUCUUCGUAUCCGGAUUUAGAAAUUGUAGAUUAUUAAUUCAUUAUUAUUGGAUUCAGAUCUUACUGAUUUUGUUUGUCUACCCCUUUUUAUACUUUGUAAAGUUUGCAGUUUUGAGG